GGGCCGACACAGCUGACAGGGGCCGGUGCCGGGGCGCUGCUGGCGGAGGCCGGGACCAUGAGACUCGCGGGCUGGGGGCUGCGCUGGGCCAUCGCCCUGCUGCUCGCCGCGGCGGGGGCUGCAGUGGAAGACAAAUGUGGGAGAAAGGAGUUCCAGUGCCGAGACGGGAAAUGCAUCUCCUACAAGUGGGUUUGCGACGGGAGCGCUGAGUGCCAGGAUGGCUCUGAUGAGUCCCCGGAGACAUGCAUGUCUGUCACCUGCAUGGCGGGAGACUUCAGCUGUGGGGGCCGUGUCAACCGCUGCAUUCCUCAUUUCUGGAGAUGUGACGGCCAGACGGACUGCGAGAACGGCUCGGACGAGCAAGGCUGUCCCCCCAAGACGUGCUCCGAGGACGAGUUCCGCUGCCACGACGGGAAGUGCAUCGCCCGGGAGUUCGUGUGUGACUCGGACCGGGACUGCCUGGACGGCUCCGACGAGGCGUCCUGCCCCGCGCCCACCUGCGGCCCCGCCAGCUUCCAGUGCAACAGCUCCGCCUGCAUCCCCGAGCUGUGGGCCUGCGACGGUGACCCCGAGUGCGACGACGGCUCGGACGAGUGGCCGGAGCGCUGCGGGGGCCGCGACACGUCGGCGCCCCGGGGGGACGCGGGCCCCUGCUCCGCGCUGGAGUUCCACUGCCGCAGCGGCGAGUGCAUCCACUCCAGCUGGCGCUGCGACGGCGGCCCCGACUGCAGGGACAAGUCCGACGAGGAGAGCUGCGCCGUGGCCACGUGCCGGCCUGACGAGUUCCAGUGCUCCGACGGGACCUGCAUCCACGGCAGCCGACAGUGCGACCGGGAGUAUGACUGUAAGGACAUGAGUGACGAGCUCGGCUGCAUCAAUGUGACCCUGUGCGAGGGCCCCAACAAGUUCAGGUGCCACAGUGGCGAGUGCAUCACCCUGGACAAAGUGUGCGACUCGGUCAGGAACUGCCAGGACUGGUCGGACGAGCCCCUCAAGGAGUGCGGGACCAACGAGUGUCUGGACAACAAGGGCGGCUGCUCCCACAUCUGCAAUGACCUCAAGAUCGGCUAUGAGUGCCUGUGCCCCGAGGGCUUCCGGCUAGUGGACCAGCGGAGAUGCGAAGACAUCGACGAGUGCCAGGACCCCGACGCCUGCAGCCAGCUCUGCGUGAACCUCGAGGGCGGCUACAAGUGCGAGUGUGAGGAGGGCUUCCAGCUGGACCCCCUCACCAAGUCCUGCAAGGCCACGGGCACCAUCGCCUACCUCUUCUUCACCAACCGCCACGAGGUGAGGAAGAUGACGCUGGACCGCGGCGAGUACACCAGCCUCAUCCCCAACCUGAAGAACGUGGUCGCCCUGGACACGGAGGUCGCCAGCAACAGAAUCUACUGGUCCGACCUGUCCCAAAGGAAGAUCUACAGCACCCAGAUCGACAAAGCCCCCAGCUUCUCCUCCUACGACACCGUCAUUGGCGAGGACCUGCAGGCCCCCGACGGGCUGGCAGUGGACUGGAUCCACGGCAACAUAUACUGGACUGACUCCGUCCUGGGCACCGUCUCCGUGGCCGACACCAAGGGGGUGAAGAGAAAGACGCUCUUCAGGGAGAAAGACUCUAAGCCGCGGGCCAUCGUGGUGGAUCCCGUGCACGGCUUCAUGUACUGGACGGACUGGGGAACCCCGGCCGAGAUCAGGAAGGGGGGCCUGAACGGCGUGGACAUCUACUCGCUGGUCACGGAGGACAUCCAGUGGCCCAAUGGCAUCACGCUGGAUCUUUCCAGUGGCCGGCUCUACUGGGUUGACUCCAAGCUCCACUCCAUCUCCAGCAUUGACGUCAACGGAGGGAACCGGAAGACCAUUCUGGAGGACAAGAAGAAACUGGCACACCCCUUCUCCUUGGCCGUCUUUGAGGAUAAAGUAUUUUGGACGGAUAUCAUCAAUGAAGCCAUUUUUAGUGCCAACCGCCUCACGGGCUCGGACAUUAAUUUGAUGGCAGAAAACCUGUUGUCGCCGGAGGAUAUUGUCCUUUUCCACAACCUCACGCAGCCCAGAGGGGUGAACUGGUGUGAGAGGACCGCCCUCCGCAACGGCGGCUGCCAGUACUUGUGUCUCCCGGCCCCGCAGAUCAACCCCCACUCGCCCAAGUUCACCUGUGCCUGCCCCGACAGCAUGGUGCUGGCCACGGACAUGCGGAGCUGCCUCACAGAGACUGAAUCUGUUGUGACCACCCGGGGGCCCUCUACGGUGAGGAUGACGGUCAGCUCAACAGCCAGCUCGACGGCCGUGGGGCCGAAGCACACAGCCAGCCCGGGGUCCGUGGCCAGCCCUGAGCUCACCACAGCCGAGACGGUGACAGUGUCCCACCAAGCCCUGGGCGACGCUGUGGGUAGAGGCGGCGAGGAGAGGCCCAGGAGCGUGGGGGCUCUGUACAUCGUGCUCCCUGUCGCGCUGCUCAUCGUCCUGUGCUUCGGGACCUUCCUCCUCUGGAAGAACUGGCGGCUGAAGAGCAUCAACAGCAUCAACUUUGACAACCCCGUGUACCAGAAGACCACGGAGGACGAGGUGCACAUCUGCCGCAGCCAGGACGGCUACUCCUACCCCUCGAGACAGAUGGUCAGCCUGGAGGACGACGUAGUGUGAGCCACUGCCUCGAGGCCUGUGGCUCCCCGGAACCUGCUGGGCAGGAAGAGCGCUUUCUCCCUGGACCCGUGACCUGCCCCAACCCUUCCCAAGACCUCGACGCCCUCCUGUUGCGUUCAAAGCAAGAAGUGACCGAGAGCACCGCCGU